AUGAAGGGACAAUUUUCUAUUGAGUGGCUGUCCCAGAGCAGCCAGGGUUUAGGCAGUCAACGUUUCUCCUCCUGCCUUGAGACUUGUAAUGGACCCAGCGCCUCUGGGACACACUCAGAGAGCCUUCCUGGAUUCUACUCUACUACUAGACCUCUGAAUCAGGACCACCUGGAGGGAAGAGUCCCACACAGCCUUCCAAGCCACACUGAGUCUGAGAGAGGAACAAACCACCAGAGUCCUAAUUUUCCUAACAACCAACAAGAGGCUGCUACAGGUUUCAGCAGUGGGACAGAGGAAGAGACCUCAGGGUACGAGAGUGAGGGGGGGCGCUCUCUCUCCCCCUCUGCCUCUCUCGACAGCAUUUCCCCGUCCCCUUCGUCGCCCCCGUCGGGCCGGAGGCCGCGCACCGCCUUCACAACUGAGCAGAUCAGAAGCCUGGAAAGAGCCUUUAAAAGGAACGCCUACCUGGGGACCCAGGACAAAGCUGAGCUCUGCAAAAAACUCAACCUAUCAGACAAGCAGAUCCGUAACUGGUUUCAGAACCGGCGUAUGAAACUGAAGAGGACUGUGCAGGACGCCUUGGCACAUGCCUGCCAGGCUAAGGUGGCAUCUCACCUGUUGCACUACUCCGAGCUACAGGCAUUUUGCUCUGCCCCCUACCCCAGCUACCACCCUCACCUGGUCCCAGAGGGACCCACCACUGCCCCCUAUCUCCAGCCCCACAGCAUGCACUACAACUCCUUCCCUGCUUCCCAGACUCUGCCUGGUGUGUCUACACUACCCUUGGACUCUCUUUACCAGUAUGCUUCCCUUCCAGGACUCAUGGUGGCCUCCAGUUCUUCACCCCUGGUGGGAGCUCAUCAGCCAUAUCUUCACCAAUACUGA